UAACCUUGCCAUUGGCAUUUGCUACUAUAUAAACCCUAGUUUCACUUCUCUUUCUCCAUACAAAAUAACUUCAAGUUUUUUAAGUUUCUAGCCAAAAGCACAAGAUGGCUUCAAGUUCUAGGGCUUUUCUUUUUGUGCUUCUUGGUGCUCUUGUUUGUAAUAGCAUUGAUGCAAGGAAGCUUCGGAGUGAUAAAGGUUUAAGGGAUGAAAAGAAUUUUUAUCAUCCAGGGUUCGGUGGAGGUGCAGGAGGUGGUGGUGGUUUUGGUGGCGGUGGUGGUAGUGGAGGAGGGUUAGGUGGUGGUUCAGGAAGCGGAUUUGGUGCAGGUGCCGGUGCUGGUGGUGGUUCUGGUGGUGGACUUGGAGGUGGAGGUGGUUUUGGUGGUGGUGGCGGUAGUGGAGGCGGGAUAGGUGGUGGUUCAGGAAACGGUUUCGGUGCUGGUGGUGGUUCUGGUAGUGGACUCGGAGGUGGAGGAGGUUUUGGUGGUGGUGGCGGUGGUGGAUUUGGCGGAGGAGGUGGUGUUGGUGGAGGAUCAGGGUUUGGAGGAGGAUCAGGAUUUGGAGGUGGUGCUGGUGGUGGUAGUGGACUAGGAGGAGAUGGUGGAGGAGGAUUUGGAGGCGGUGGUGGUAGUGGAGGUGGUCUUGGUGGUGCUGGAUCCGAUGGAGGAUUUGGUGGUGGUGCUGGUGGAGGAGUUGGAGGUGGAUUUCCAUGAAUAUAACGAAGAAAAUGAAUGGUUGCUACUUGCAUGUUUUUGGUGUAUGAAUAAAGCAGAAGGCUAUAUAGAUUAUUAUAGUGGGCGUGGCAUUACAUGAUAAAGAAUUAUAAAUAUUGUUAAAUUACAUGUACAUCAUCUUUUGUGUUUUUGAAUAAUGGUGUUGUUUGAUAAAAUCUGUGGAUGAGACUAUCUAUUUUCUCUA